AUGCUGAUAUGUAAGCGUGGCAAGACUACGGAAAAAUUCGAACUGAAGUCGGGAGUGACGUUGAUUGGGAAAGAUUUAUCCAAUGAUUUCGUGGUUAACGUAAGUUUUCUUUGUCCACUUUGAGGUUUCAACUUUAUUCACGUUGCAAAUCACAUGUUUUGCUGCAAAAUCUACAACGUUUCUUCUAAUUUUAGCAUAUUUUUCGUGUGCUUUUCUUGAAGUGCGUUCGCUUUUCAGGUAAUCCUAUGUCAGUGUCUCCGAAAUUUAAAAAUUUAAUGCCUUGGAGGAUUACCAGAAAAUAAACCGGCAAACGACGUCUUCAGGGACCUAAUUACAGGAUUAGCGGAUAAGACGGGUAUCUAAAAGAGCCGAGGGGAGAACUAGCAUGCUACUAGAAGAUUAUAUGAGUGUCAUCCUCUUAGGCCCUGUUUUUAUCUUUAGGUGCAAUAAAAAAUCUUCUAGAGUGUUUUUAAACUCGGGAAGCCGCUGCUUUUCAGGGCUUGUAGAACUUCUUUGCAAAUACUCCAAAACUUCCAAAACCCAGAUGCAAGACACGUCAUUAGAACAUAUUUUUGAGGUUUCAAUCUUGCAUUCUAAUAAAUUUAAACUUUUAAAACCAGCAAACUGUAACAAAACGUUUUUGUCCCCAACUUUUUCAAUUUUUUUUUCUAACGCUCUUUAUGUUUUUUGCUAUUUACUGUCACAACAAACCACAGACAUGCGAUUAUGGUGACAUUCAUUUAAAGCUUGGCCCUUGCUUCCGGCAAUUACAAUAAUUUGGAAGAUAAGUAAUUACGUUACCUACUUUCUCAAUGUAAUUAGACUCUAGAUAUAUUUAAAUAUGUAUAUGCAUAGCGGGGCGCUUACGAACAUAUUUUUUGACAAUCAAAAGAUUACUGGUUUGUUUUUCAAAAAAGAUGAGUGUAUUCGGAUGGAGGGGCUACAUUACUAUCCAAAUGGAGUAUUUGCUUAAAAUUGUAGUCGGAAUUCAGUGAAAUUUUGGCGUUUUAAUUCUAUGACACAACGAGUUGCAGAGACCUCCAAAUUUUUACUUUUUCCAUUUUUUUCAUAUUUCUUUUAAGCCGAUCUUCAAAGUGCUUAGUUUUUGCGUGCUCGCCAAGGUAUGUAUAGCUGACACCGAAUAUAAUAUUUUUAAAUUCCCGAACUUUUGAAGAACCGGUUAAUUGCUUACCGCUUUUUGAAUUGUUUUGCCGACCUUAUUAUUUGCCGCAAGCCCGCUGGGCACAGGUGACUUUCGACUAAUAAUCCCGGCGCAACUUAUGUCCAUUUACACCUCGCAAACUCAUUAGAGGUCAGUCAGCGUUUAAAGGCCCUUGGGGGAAUAAAUCCACCAUUUCCUGGAGAAAUUUUUGAAAUCUGGAUAAACUGCCAAAUGCUAGGGAUGUAGUAGUGGAAAACGGGGGCAUUUUCGUCGUGUAAGCGCUACAGUAAAGCUAUAAGUCUAAUUUUUGAUCAAACAACAAGCAAACUUGUUCUCGUAAAUAUAAUUUUUGAUCGAAAUUUUGUCCUGGAAACUAAUAAUAAGUGCAUUUACUUGCAGAUUCUUCUGCUUUUAAAGAGUCUUUACACUAAGGUUUGUUUUCCAUAAACUUGCACUUUCUGAUACUUAGAAUAAGGUAUUAAAAGCCUGCACUAAAAGAUUACAAACCCCUUGCUUUAUUAAUGACCCCUUCUGUAGCCGAACACUUGAACAUUUUACCUGCCUGUUAGAAUAAGGUAUUAAAAGCCUACACUAAGAGAUUACAAACCCCUUGCUUUAUUAAUGACCCCUUCUGUAGUCGAACACUUGACGUUUUACCAGUCUGUUUCUAAGAUCUUAAUCCGGAAUUACCCGUAUGUUACCCAACGCAGCAAAGUGUUAUGAGGAUAUCUUAAUCCCCACUUGAAAGGUAACGACGUAAAAUUUAUAUAUCCGCUUGCGUAACGGCGUAGAACCAGUUUAACGUUUAACAUAAAAUACGCUCAGCUUUUGGCCUGAUUAUACUCUUGAGUCACCAAGUAUAAUUUGUCUCUAUAACCUUCAAAUACCUUUUCCCCAAAACGCUUUACAAUCUCCAGUCCAUCUGACCGACAUCCCGGGAAUGUUAGCCGAUUUUCUCCUGGAAAUCCCUCUCGUGCUGAUUAAUUAAUCGGUCUCUUAUCCAGCACGCAUACCCUGCAGUCCAAGUCUUUUUUUUUUUGGCGGACACUAGUUGUGAAAGCUCCAAUCUCCUCUCGUUUUAGUCUUGUUUUUUCGCAGGUAAUCGGCUAAUUUCAGUCGCGAAAGGUGUCCGAAAAGCACGCGCUUAUCGAAUAUCACCCGUUGACGCGUUCCUUCUGGUUGCGUGACUUGCACAGUGGCCAAGCCGGUGGUUGUGUGGGAGCGACCGAGAGUAACGGCCGACUGGUUUACGGGAUGAUCGAGCUCAGAGCCGGGGAUUUACUGCGGUUCGGCGACAAGGAGUUCCAGUUUCAAAUGCCGGCCUUGCCGAAGGGGCCUUUGGUAAGUGGAGGGAUGUCAUGUUCUACCUUACUUACUGCGGGAUAUGUUGUACGAAAGUUCAUGUUGAAGUAUUGGGUCCUGGGAGGGGAGAAUCCGGUUUACACACUGUUCAAUGAAUUAUUUUGCAACUUUCACACCACCAGUUUCCUUUACAGCAAUAAAAAAAGAACCGCCACUGGUUUAGACAAAUAAUACGAACUGUGUACUCUCAAUAUUUUCAAGCCACGUGUUCCCCAAGCAAAGACUACACAAAGUGAUAAAGGCGGUUCAAAACAUCUUUCGCUCGUUCCAAUAAUCUUGGUAUUUCCAUUUUCCCAUAAACACAACACCCUAAUUUUACCCUGGCUUUUUCUUCGCACACCUUGCCGCCGCGCUGUGGGGAUUAAGCCCUGGGGGCAAGAAAAUUCGAGUAGAAUCUCUUUUCGCCCUCAGGGCUUUAAUGAGUUUCCAUUCAAAAUUCGAGAAAUUUCCAAUUACAUAUACUGGUUUUUAUAAACCUAUAUAAAUUCAUUUGGAUUGUAAAUGUCGAAUCUUAACUUUUAUAAUAAUUAAAAGCGGCGUGACCAGCGAGAGUUGUUAAAACUAUAUGAUGAGUUUUUGUUAAGGAAGCAGAGGAAAAAUAACCAUAUAUAUGACCGAUUUCCAUGUGAUUGGUCCCAAAACCGUGAGAUUUUUCCAGACGAACCAACAAGCCGAAAAUGGGUCAGCCAAGCGAUACAAAUUCUCGCGAAGAGCCCAAUCAACGGGCGGACUGGCCAGCAGGCAGAGCAAUGGCAGCGAUAUCAGUUUGCCUGUUGUGGGAGUAAGUUCAGAAACAUUUUAUUUAUUGAGACUCCAAAAUCAAGAGUCAUUCAACUGCUGAUUGAAAAUUUACUAAAGGCGGGAACUUUAAUUCUUUUAAAAAUUAAGAAUUGGAAUUAAAAUUCCAAGCUCAGAAAAAUUCGCACUGUGCCGAAAAAACCUUGCAGCGACAAACGAAGAGAACAGCGAUAUUUCUCUUUCCCGCUUCGCUCUGCCUUCUCUCCCAAAUGCGCACUCUCUCGGCGUACGAUGAGUGAUUGUCGCUGCGACAAAAUCAAGCGACAAUUCAAUUUCGCAGCGAUUGAAACGUUUUGCGGACGGCACAGCACAGUGCAAUCGGUCUUCCUUUUUCAAUCUGCAGAAUGGAGGCAUGGCCGAGGUAACUUUCACUACAAAGUACGGUAGUGAAAGGGCACUCUGAUUGUUUUUGAAUAAUUUGAAUAUUACGUAAACAAAGCUAUGAAAUUUACUUUAUCCUUUAGGAGAAAAUCCAUCCCCACAAUUUCAACGAGCGAUUUACCCGAACUCCGACGACCAAUCAAAGGCUCUGCAAAUUGAAAAAUGAGCCAGUUCCAAGAUUGGUUCAAACUGGAAAAUCAUUAUCUCAAGUGGCCGACGAACCCUUGGAACUGCUCAAAAAUGGGAAGAAGCCGCCCAAAGGCAAAACUUCGGAAAAUUCGGGAAAUCGAAGUGGAGAAAAUUCUUAUAGAUCCGAUUGGUAUCCAGACGGAGGUGAGUAAAAUCCCGGACCCUUUCCAACUAAUUGUCAUUUUCAGGAUCAAUUCACGGUUCCAUCGACUCUGCAACGACUCAUUCAACCGGCAAUCAACUCGUCCAUCGAGUCAUCAGAUUACAAAACGAACUUCAUCGAAAGGAAAUCGAGUUGGCCCGAAUAAAAGAGGCCAAUGCAACCUUGCCAAGGAUCAAUGGAAACGGGGAUAUCAAUACAGGAAAACAAACAAGUAAGAUCGCGUUACGCCACUAAAAUCAUCCACAAUUUCAGCGCUAGAUAAUGCUGCUUUGAGUGUGAUCCGAAUCAACGAACUUGUUUAUCAGACCUUUUUCGUCGUUUCUUGCAAAGAAUUGCAAGAUGUUAGCCGAAGGCUAAAUGAACCAAGUCUCAAAGAUAACAUCGACGUGUUUACAGAAGCUUACAAGGUUCUGCAAGAGCCCUUUAGUUACCGACUAAUGGAAGUUAACUCAAAAUGUGGAGUUAUUUUUGAUAAAGCCGAAAUGAGUCAAGACCAAAAGGACCAAUUGUUUGACAAGUUUGACCAUUUCUUUAGCGACCAACUCAAUGUAAGUUGUACAUUCCAAAAAUCAUAGUUACGAACGUAUGACGUAACAAUAUCACCGAUUUUUUAGCCAAUUUCCAAAGCUGUUGAUGGAAUUUUGCCAGCUCUUCGAGAAGCCUCUCAAUUGGCCAGAGAAUCCCUCAAAGCGGCGAACGUUUUUACCCAAUGGAGUCGGGAGUUCGCAGCACAAUUACAAUUGCAGCCUGGAUGGGAAGUAAUGGGAUAUAAGGUGGACGAUUUACAACAAAGAUUCAAGGAUCACAACAUGAACAAACAUUGGCUGCCACAGGCUCUGGUUCCGAUUUUGAAAGUAAUGAUUUACGAAAGUAAAAAUUUAGCGGAUGAGAUGGAUCGGCAAGGUAAGAGAGUCCUUGUGGCAUUAAUAUGAUUACAUUUUUCAGCCAAAGACCAUAAUCGCGCCCUAAGGGCAUUGACGGAGAAGAACGACGAUCUUGUUGAGGAACUGGAGAAAGAAAAGGCCAUAAAUCAAGAGCUUCAGCAAACUCAUGAAGAACAUGACCUAGUUCGUGAACUUCAAACAUUACGGAUUCAAAAUCACACCCUUCAAGAGAAACUUCGAUUGUACGAACAGCGAAGGAGAAUCACAAUGGUCAGGUCCAAAAGUCAAGGGGAACCAAAGAGAAAACAGACCAAAUUCUCAACAACGACAAUUCCCAACGACAUUGAGACAAGAAUUCUGAGGGACGCUUCUUUGGAGAGUAGAGUGCCAACGCCAGCUACUGCAAAAGACAAGGAAGAAGUUGUAAGUCUAUCAUUUAUUAAUUCUAGCUCUACCUUUUCUCAAUUUUCAGCGAGAUACAGUCAGCUCCUGCUCCCGCUGCAGUACUGAAACGGAGACCGAGUCCUCCCAAUCAAUGAAAGUCGAUGAAAGAGCCAAGAUUUCAUCUGUAAAAACAGCUGUUGGCGAAUGGGAGAAACGCGUCGAGGAUAGGGCACAAAAGUUGGAAGAGAUAAAGGAAGAUCCCAAAACUUAUGCAGCAACAUUAAUCAACAACAUAACAAACAAUGUAACCGGAAGAUUAGCAAGUGCAGUUAUUGGUGGAGUUAUUACCGGGCCUUCAGCCAAAGCAAUGGAGGAAUUCAAUGAGAAAAUGGAUGACAAAAGUCAUGAUGACAGUGAGAAUAACAACAACCCAAGACCAGAGAUCACAGAAGACGAGUUGAUGGAGAAACACAAUGCUUUGAAAACUGCCGCUAACACAUUGUUUAGCCAUUCCAGCGAUGGAGAGAGGAAUAAUAACCAAGUUGAGGAGGAGACGCAAAGGAAUAUCGAUACGGACCUUCAAGAAGAGCCUUAUACGAUCAAAUAUGAGCUGUUCGACCAACAAGUGCAUAGGCAAGACGACGAGAAGGAUCCUGAAGACCCAGAAGAUGUAUCUGAUAAGGUUCAAGUCGCUGAUCUAGGCGUUGAGAAAACAACUCACGGAAACUUGGAUGAUCCAACGAAAAACGAAAACUGGAUAAAAAUUACUCCCUCUGAAGAAGUUCUUGGAAUCGAGGAGUUAAAUGAUGACAUCCAGAGACAAAGUUCCCAUGAAUUCUUUGAGAAGGAUGACGCAGAAGAAGUGACAAUCAGAGAAAUCAAAAAUGUCCAUGAAGAUCUGGAGAACUUCGACAACGGCUAUGACAAUGUGGAAAACAAAACGAUCUCUCCACCUUCAACUGGAAAAGAGUGCGAGAAAUUGGAUGGGUGCCCUUUAUCACCUAAGCUUCGAUCAACACGGGAGGUUGAAGGUGAAUCCAAAGAAGACGAUGACUCACAAAUAACUCCGGAAGGAACGCUUAAAGAUGCCGAGGACGAGGAGAUCUUUCAAAAGCAACCAGAGAGUAGAAUCAGUCGGGAAAACUCCUCAAAAACGGAGCAUACGAAAGCGCUAGCUGAAGAACACAAAAUUUUACACAGUGACCGAAGCUUUUCUAACACGGAAAACAGUCUAGUCCAAAAUGACGACGAAGAGUAUCCACAAAGGCAAGACAACACCGAGAAAGUAGAUAAUCAAAGUAAAAACGGAAAUACUGAUCAAGUAGAACCCCAAGAGCGAGAUCCUUCUGUAAUUGAAGACGAAGAUAAUGGAGAAUGGAAAGAGCUUCACGAAGUCCUUCGUCAGGCGUCCAACCAGUCAGAAGAGUCCGAUGGAGAUCAUCCACCUCUAAAACGAGGCCUCAGCGAGCCACUUCUCCGCGAACAAGAACUUGCUCAACCAGAAUCUGGUCGUUCCGGUUGCACAAAACGAGCGGAAUCCGCAGAAAUCCUUGUCCCGGACGAUGCGGUCCACAGAAAAGACACCAGAGCAACGAAUGAAGACAUCGACGAUGAGAUUUUGGACGAAGCAGUAGAUGAAAACGACAAAAGCUACAGCAAAAGGCAGCAUGCAUAUGAGGUAAGUGCCCCUUAUCCACUUGUAAAUCCAAUUGGUUUCAGUUCUGGGAAUUGGCAAAAGUCCUGGCCGAAGCAUUGGCCGUCGACCUCCCUGGUGGCGAGGAAGCGGACUUCACAGCGAUCGACCAAGACGAAAGUGUACAUCUAGAAAGAUACCGACGAGAGCUUGCUGUAGAUGCAAUUCUAGACCGUCUACGACAAUUGCUGCACAAGAUUCGCCGUCAGGAAACCAUUAUGAGUAGACAGACAAGCAUAAGGUCGUCCAAAUCUAUUGACGGCGAGCGAAAAUUAAGCCACACUGUCGAUGCAUACAAACUCAAUGGAGGGUUUACCAGUCCGCCAAUCGCUGAGCAAGUAGAGUAA